UAUUUUACCCUCCGAUAGAUGGAAAAAAUAUAGGAGGUGGACAUGAAAGAGGGAGAAAAAAGGAAGGUGAGCAAGCAAAAAAAGUUAUUGUCAUCGUGUGUCGUGUGCAUCCUCCAUCGGUUGUUUCGGAUUGGCCUAUCAGAUAUUUUCCAGUUUGGCUUUCCUGCUGUUGGUGUUCCUCAUGCAAUGACCUUGAAGUGAAAGCUGAAGUUCAUCGAGGUCAUCUUCUUCAGUCUCCUCCUAUAUAUCCGUUAUUCUAG